AUGGGGAAGCCACCCUCCAAGGGAAAAGGCCCUGGACGUGGCUACGCAUCGCAACCCGCUGAGGCGGAGACGGUCGAAGACGAGGAGUUCCUGGUGCGCUAUGCCAUGAGCAGGCGCAGCCUUGUGGCGACAGGGCCCUACGCACUGCAGACGCAGCGGGCGCCUGGCAGAGAGCCAAGCAUCUGCGCUGGGCAGUUCUCCUUCGACCCUGCGACGGGAGCUAUCUGCGACGAAGCCGCCCCCGGCAAGAAGCUCGGGCGCUUUGCGGCCCUGUCUUUGGAUGCGGAGGCGGACUUCGACCUGUCGAGGCCCCUCCUGGACGAUCGGCCCUGCAUCAGCAUCGUCAGCUCAGAGGUGAUGGCGGAGAUGCAGAAGCCCGAGAAUGCCCACGCCUUCUUCGUCCUCCCGUCUCAGUUCAACGGAGUGGAGUUUCCCUCACACUGUUCCGUUGUGGAGAGCAUCGAGGAGUACAAGUUUGACAACACAGGCGGUCCGGCUGCCCAGCUGGCUGCGCAUCCGGCCAUUGGCCAGUUUCUACUUGCCAACGCCGCGACGCAAGGUCGCCCGCAUGGGAUCAGCGCCGUGCGAAAGCUCCUGAGCCUGGCGAACGCCGCUAUGAUGGAGAAGGGCGUGACCAGCCAGAAGCAGAUGUUCGAUGUGAUCAAUGGCUACCUGAGACUGCCCGUGCCCAACAGCGACGAGGCCGCGGCUCACGCGCUGGAUGCCCUGCGCCUGGCGUUGCCGUCGCUGCGGCUGUUGGUGGCCUUUGAAGUCGCGGCCCUGGGCCUGGCACCCGGGAGGGCUGAGUUUUCCCACGCCGCGCACACUGUGAACCUCGUCUACGCCUCGGCGGUCCCCAUCAACGCUUAUGUCAACGGAAUCGGGGCGGUGCAGAAGAACUUUGGCGAUGCCCAGAUGCAGGAGUUCCAGAGCACCGUCGCCAAGCUCUUCCUGCUUGCUCAGUACUUCGGCUCACUGCGCGCGGCCGCGAGCUGGUCCCGUGAGUCUGGGAGCCGGGCGAAGGUCUUCCUCAUGCCGCUAGGUGGAGGCGUCUUCCGAAAUCCGUGGGAGUCCAUCGUGGAAAGCAUCGCCCGUGCUGUUGAUCUGCUUCCGAGUGCAGAUUUGGAAGUCCUGGAUAUCAACAUCCUCCUCCUUCACGGCUCCACGCGGGGCCAAAGCGACUCCACUUCGGCGCAAGAUCGCAUGCGGGAGCUGCUGGAGUACUACAAGAAGCUGAGAGCCUGA